AUGAUCGGAGUUGGCCUCUUCAAGAGCAUCCGGACUCCAGGGAACAUCCUGGAUGGUAGAGGAGGAACCGGGCAGCCAUCUGCUGGUGAGCUGUCUUUGCAGUAUCCCAAAAUCGAUAAGGUGAAGCGUUAUCAUGCGGCGGCCCGUGGUCGACUCCCGGCCGACAAGCUUUGGGGCUUUGUGGCCCAGCUGACUCGAACGGUCGAUGCCAAGGCGUGGAUAGAGGCAGCUUGGACAAUGCCAGCAACAUGGCUGACAAGAGCGAGGUUGGCGCGAGAGGGACAAGUCCGAGAUGAAAGUGACGGUUUUCACGCGAGUCCUCUCGCAGACUGCACUGUGAAGACCCGCUAUGGCAGCGAGAUGACACCGAAGAAAGAAGCGCAGAUGCUCGCAGUUUGUGGACAUGAGCGCUCUCAGGGCUUCGCAACGCAGUGCAAGCGCGCACUGGACAAGUUGGGUGUCUUGGGUGUACUGACCAUGAUGUCACCAGCUUCCGAAAAGUCACAGGCCGCUUGCAACAGUGCCGUGGAGAAAGCCAUCCGCAACGCGGUGGGCAGCUCCACGCAUGAGACAGGUGCACCGGGGCUGUCCGACGGUCUCACUGUGAUGGGUUGCGGACCCGCGUCUCCAAAGGGGACGCAAGCCGGACUGGGUGGAUCACCGACUUCACGGACGCAAGGAUCACGGAAGGGGCGCGAAACGGACUCGGAGGAGAUGUCGGCCAUGGGAUUGACUGUCCAGCGGAUGGAGACUGCCAAGACCGCCGAGCAUGCCCCUGAGAUGGAGCCUGAAGAACCCGAAGAGCCGCAAGAAGGCGAGGCGAGAGGGCGGCUAGGAGUCUGA